GGCGGCGGUGCCGCACUCGCUCUGCGCGGCUCCCCGAGAGCGCUUUUGUUGUAAAGGGGAGGGCGCCGCGGCGGGGACGCGCACCCGCUGCUCUGACAGGAGACAGCGCGGUCGCCUCCCUCCCUCUCUCUGCCAGCCAGCCAGCCUCCCGCCGGCUGCAUGUAGGGCUGCGGUGGGGACACGGAGCUGGGAAGACAACGACCGAGCGGAGCCGCGCCGCGCCGACCGGAGCCGAGCCGGGCCCGGCGGAACCCAGCGCGGCGCCGCCCGUGCCCCUGCGGGAGGAGGUCGCCAUGGAAGUCAACGCGGGGGGUGUGAUAGCUUACAUCAGCUCUUCGAGCUCGGCAUCUAGCCCAGCCUCAUGUCACAGCGAGAGCUCAGACAGCGGUUUCCAGUCGUCCUCUUCGCCUGUUCCAUCUCCUCCAAACAGCUCCUCCUCGGAAAGCGGAUGCAAUGGCCGGAGCAGUGAAGGCUCUGACGGGGCGCCCAAGAGCGAUCGGCUGGAGGAGACUAUUAAAACAAACCAGUCGAGUGUUGCUGGUUUGACAAAAGGCCAUAAUGGAGUCACAAAAUUUAAUGGCAUGGUUCUUCUUUGCAAAGUCUGUGGAGAUGUCGCUUCAGGAUUUCAUUAUGGUGUUCAUGCCUGUGAGGGCUGCAAGGGUUUUUUCAGAAGAAGCAUUCAGCAAAACAUCCAGUAUAAGAAGUGCUUGAAGAAUAACAACUGUUCUAUAAUGAGAAUGAAUAGGAACAGAUGCCAGCAGUGUCGUUUCAAAAAAUGCCUGUCUGUUGGGAUGUCGAGAGAUGCUGUUCGAUUUGGCCGUAUUCCCAAACGUGAAAAACAGAGGAUGUUGAUUGAAAUGCAGAGUGCCAUGAAAACCAUGAUGAACAGUCAGUUCAGCGGUCACUUGCCCAACGAAGCAUUGGCAGAACAUCAAGACCAAGCACCUCAAGAAGAUCUUUCCUCCAAGCCCAAACAAGAGCGAGAAACCAUCAAAAGCCCUUCUCCCCCUCCUAGUGCUGACAUGGCCAAGGAGGAGGUGAUCGGCAUGGUCACCAGGGCCCACAAGGACACUUUCAUGUACAACCAAGAACAGUCCCAAAACCCAGCAGAGAUGAUGCAGCCCCAGAGUGGGGAGAGGGUGUCAAAGAGCACUGAGCAGUACAUGCUGAGCAGCGAGCACUGUGUUGGUGGCCUUGGUGGCCCUCAGUACCCUGACAGGGAGCAGCACCUUGGUGGACAGUACAAAGGGAGAAGCACAAUGCAUUACCCAAGUGGGCACCCUGUGUGCUUCACCAGCAGCCACUGCAUGAACUUCACCAGUGGUUACACUCAGCGGAUGUGUGAGAGGAUGCCAGAAGAUGGCUUUUCUCCAAACAAGAACGCCACUUACUCAUGCAGCACUGGAGGAAGAAUGCAUCUGGUCUGCCCAAUGAGUAAGACUCCCCAUGUGGACCCAAACAAGUCUGGCCAUGAAAUCUGGGAAGAGUUUUCCAUGAGUUUUACUCCUGCAGUAAAGGAAGUGGUGGAGUUUGCCAAGCGCAUCCCAGGUUUCCGAGACCUCUCCCAGCAUGACCAGGUCAAUCUUCUGAAGGCUGGGACCUUUGAGGUUUUAAUGGUACGAUUUGCAUCUUUGUUUGAUGCAAAGGAACGUACUGUCACUUUCCUGAGUGGCAAGAAGUACAGUGUGGAUGACUUGCAUUCAAUGGGAGCUGGUGAUCUGCUCAACUCAAUGUUUGAAUUUAGUGAGAAACUAAAUGCCCUGCAACUUAGUGAUGAGGAGAUGAGUUUGUUUACAGCGGUUGUUCUGGUAUCUGCUGAUCGCUCUGGAAUAGAAAAUGUCAAUUCUGUGGAGGCACUUCAGGAAACACUAAUCCGUGCAUUAAGGACCUUAAUUAUGAAAAAUCACCCAAACGAAGCCUCUAUUUUCACAAAACUCCUUUUGAAAUUACCCGACUUGCGUUCCUUAAACAACAUGCACUCUGAAGAACUGCUGGCCUUUAAAGUUCACCCAUAGGCCUUUAGGUCUCAUUUGUACAUGGACUUGCCUCGUGUUAAACUGUUUUGUGCUAAAGUAUGUAUUUAUACAGUUGUACCACUUGUUGGAGCGCGUUCACAGACUGUGAACAGUUGAUAGCUGUCCCAUAACCAUGCAGUAAAGCUUUGGCAGGUGCUUUCAGCUGGCGGCGGCGCAGCCCUCGGAAUCCUGCACGGCAUCCAGGCCCAGCUGUGCCCGCUCCUGCAGGAGAGGCUGCGGUGAGCCCGAGUGAAUAUGGACUCUUCUUUCAUCUAGGAAAAAGAACCACCACUGCCCUCUCACCUCAACUGAAUGCAGAGUAGCUGUGUAUGUGCUUAUGGAGCAUGGAAUGGGGUGGGAGCAAUCCUGUGCUAAUAGGAAAAUGGAAGAGCUGAUUUAAUUGGUCUUUCACUUAUCUAAUAGAUGUAUGUCUGUGUCUCUUGAUAACUCACUCAUGGUUUCACUGUUGUUAUUCCAUUAAACCCGAUGGAAUGGUUUCAGCCUGCACCAACUCUUCACUGAGCGUGUGUUCAUGCCAUGUGUAUAUAAUAUAAAUAGUUAAGUAGUGAGUGUUUAUGGCUAUAUAAAGUACAGAGUUGUGUGUAUAUAUGUGUAUGUAUAUAAAUAGUUCUAUACAUAAAGUAUACAUAUAAUUUCUUCACAAUAUUUUAAACUGUGAAGGAAUUUAAACUUAAAACAGAAGGUGAUCUAUGGAAAGAACCAAAUAGAUGCACUUUGCAUAUUGCUGAACUAAUUAUCUGAGCAUUUUUUAGAAAACAUCGAAUUUGCAUUAAUAUGCUGUGUUUGUUAAUUUAAAAAAAAAAAACAACAACCAAGAGUGGCACUAAAGAGGCAGAGUCAGAUUCAGCUUCCAGAAGGGUUUUGUAGAGAAUCUCAACCAGAGAUGGUUGGUUGUGGCACUAAUGAGAUGGAUUGUCCGUUGCCACUGAGGUUCUUGUGUUUUGAUAAAGGUUAAAUAAGCACCAGAUGCUCUUCAAAAACUUCAGCACAGCCAGAAAGAAAUUGUCAGAUUAAUAGCAAUGUCUGUCAGAAGAAGAAAAAAUGGGAAAAAUGUACCCAUGGUUGCAUUCGGGUGUAUGUGUGUUCUGUGACUGUUUAUUUCUUGCAAUACAUCAUUUUGCUGCUUCAUUGCUAAAUGAGAAUUGAAAACAGAAGUGUGAGGUUCCCCAUGUCUUUUCUCCAUUUGGGCUUUGUGGUUCCCAUGCCUGUUCUUCUGGAGCUCUCCAUUGGUGUGUGUGCAUGUGAGCGUGUGUGAUGUGCAGAGAAGGUGCAUUAGAUGGUCUGGAUUGUUUUGGUUUUUUUCUUAAAAAAACACCACAAAAAUCAACCAAAUAAAUGGGACUUUUUUUUUGUUGUUGUUUAUGCCAGUAGCAAAUUACGGGGCAGAUCCACAAGGUGUAAAAUUCUGCUGCUUUUCCAUGUAGGAAAGCAGCUCUCUAUGGGGUUUUUUCCAUUUGUAGCAGGACCUGGCACCAGAAAAGAGAGACUAAAAGAAGUCAAAGCAGUUGUGUUAAUUAGUUACAUUUAUGUUUUGCUAACGUGGGAAGAAGAUGCUCCAUCACCCUAGUUCAGUUAACUUGCCUUAGAGCUAGCCCUCAGGGUCUGUAGUGUUUGGCUGCUCCUGGCAGUCAGGGCCAGGAUGGAGGGAGCCUGCAGGCUGCAGAGCUCCUGCUGCACCACGGUGGGCUGAGAGGAGCCCUCCUGCCUGUGGUGGGCUGAGAGGAGCCCUCCUGCCUGUGGUGGGCUGAGAGAGCCCUCCUGCCUGUGGUGGAGCUGCAGCAGAAGCAGAGCUGUGCCUGCUGCUCAGCAUCAGGAUCUGGGAUGGGAAGAGGAGAGCUCACACCCUGCCAUGCUCCCCUGGCCCUUGGGCUGGGGAUUCCACCUCAGACAGGAGGAAGGGGCUGAGGGCAGGCGGGGCAGGUGCUUGGUAAGGGUUGGGGAGAUUUGAGCUGUAGCCUUGGCUGAGGAGCAGAAGAGCCCACCCUUUCCCCUGGCAGGGCUGUCCUGCUUCAAGCUGCUUUAACCACUGGGUAAUGGCCCUUUCAUACAUACAGUUUUGCUACCCAAAUGUUCUAUCAGGGCAUAUUGUCCUAAUUUCUGUUAACAGUCUGCAUCCUACCAGUAUUAUUUGUUUGAGAGCUUCACUGAAUUACGCAUUGAACCAUUCAGACUUUUAGAGAGGACACAGUCACACGGUUUUUGUUGUUUAGUUGCUGGAAAGACUUCUUUGUAGACCCCAUUUCAAACUUGGAAAGUACAGUUAGCCCUUGGUUGUUUUGGGAGGGAAGAAGGCUUCUUACAGAGAUUGCCACCCUACAGCUGUGUUUUGUUGUGUUUUGUUUUAUUUUUUUUUUCUUCUUAAAACUGUAUUAUUAAGCCUUUAGGAAUGUAUAACCAGGACUGAGUAAUUACUGCUUAUUAAAUUUUUUUAGUUAGAUUGACCAUGUAUGCCUAUAGAUAGAUAUUCUAACUUGUGCAAUUUCAUUUGAAAUAAUCUUCCUGUACAUAAUGGAAAAACUCACAUAACAGAAAAAAAAAAAAGCCCCAAACAGAUUGAACAAAAAGCUGAUUAAAGUAUGGUUCAAAAAUGACCCAUGUAUUACAAACCCUAGCUGGACUCUUAGAAGAAAAUCUAAACUCAUUGUGUUAGCUGUGUAUUGUGAGCUCUUCUUUUACUGUGUCACUGGUUAUACACUUGUUAAAUGCUGAGAUAAUAGACUUCAUGCCAGGCAUUUGAGUACUGUAGAUUGGGUCAUUGCUGAAAGAUUAAUGUACUGUAUGACUUAAAUGAAAUUUUUAUUCUUGAUUUUAUUCUUGAUUUUGUUCUUGUUUUAAAAGAUUAAAUAUGGGCAUUAUGUCAGCAA